GCAGCAGCAAGUCGACGGCGACGGCGACGGAGACGGGCAGCAGCAGGCACUGAAAUUGCAUUUCUAAUAGAGGAGCAGAGGCCAACACGUUCAGUGUAUAAUAUUUGAAAUCAAAGCAUUAGGGUCUAACCAUGUCAGCGGUGUACGUGAAUCACAAGCUCAACAUGCGCACAACUGCUGUCAAAAUGAAGCGAACGCAGCCAUGGAUGUCCUGCAUGUCCUGGAUGUCGUGGAUGUCGCACAAGCGGCUUCUCUCCACCAGCCACAGCCACAGUCUCAGUCCCAGUCCCAGACUCCAUCCAAGUCCCCAACAGGAAGCGGGCAUGGCCAAUUGAUUUUGACGGCAACGAGGACGAAGACUAGGAGGACUACGAGGACUUCGAGGACUAGGACUAGGAGCAAACUAAGACAAACUAAGAUAAUUCAAUCGCGUUUUUUACAUAUUUAUGGUUACUUUUUCUUCGGUUCCUUGAUGAGUUAUAUUAAAACUAUUUGCGCAUCAAUGGUGCAGCAAAUGGCAGCGGAAGCGGAUAAAGAAACGGAAGUGGAAGUGGCAGUGGCAUUGCCAGCAGCCAAAGCAAAAAGGAAGCCAGUAACGGAAACGGAAACAGCAACGGGAAUGGGUGUGGGAAUGGGAACGGGAACGGAUGCCCGCAUCGUGGCAACGGGAAUUUGCAUUAUAAGACUGAUAACAUUAAAAAGAUUUCUAGAGAUUUCCACAACCGACAAACACAAUCAAAAGCAUCAGCAGCAGCAGCAGCAGCAGCAGCAGCAUCAGCACCAGCCAUGGCAAUCAGCAGCGUCAGCAAUGUCACCAACGUCAGUAGAAGCGUCAGCUGUUGGAGGAGGAGGAGGAGAAGCAGAUCCAGUCCAAAAUAGAAGACACUCACAUCCACAUACACCCUCGCACUCCCAUAUACGACAUCCACAGGCGUGUUGGCGGCACCAGCUGACACCAGGCAUACUGCUUAUGCUCCUUUUGCUCAGCAGCCUCUGGCCGGACUGCUGUGACUGCCUGCACGGCGGCGGCAAUACGGUGAAGACCAAAUACGGCCUGCUGCGUGGGAUUGUGGUGCGCUCCACGCCGCUGGUGGAGGCAUUUCUCGGCAUACCCUAUGCCUCGGCGCCUGUGGGCAGUCUCAGAUUUAUGCCUCCCAUAACACCAUCCACUUGGAAAACGGUUCGCAAUGCGGAUCGAUUCUCGCCCGUCUGUCCACAGAACGUGCCCAUUCCACCCAACGGGCCGGAGGCGCUGCUGGAGGUGCCGCGCGCCCGUCUGGCCCAAUUGCGGCGUCUGUUGCCGCUGCUCAAGAACCAAUCGGAAGACUGCUUAUACCUUAAUAUCUAUGUGCCCUAUGAGACGCGCCGCUCGAAACGCAAUGUGGACGCUGAUGUUGAGAGUGCAGAAACAACGGCAACAAAACUCUCUACUGUGGUGUUCAUACAUGGCGAAUCGUUCGACUGGAACUCUGGCAAUCCGUACGAUGGCUCCGAGCUGGCGGCCCACGGCAAUGUCAUCGUUGUGACAAUCAAUUUCCGCCUGGGGAUCUUUGGUUUCCUGAAGACCGGCGGCAAGGAGAGCGCCCAAGGUAACUUUGGUCUGAUGGAUCUGGUGGCAGGCCUGCACUGGCUCAAGGAGAAUCUUCCGGCAUUUGGGGGUGAUCCGCAAAGCAUUACGCUGCUCGGCUAUGGCACGGGUGCCGUGUUGGCCAACAUAUUGGUUGUCUCUCCAGUGUCGAGUGAUCUAAUACAGCGCACAGUUCUGGUCAGUGGUUCCGCCUUGUCGCCCUGGGCCAUACAAAAGAAUCCACUCUUCGUGAAGCGGCGCGUGGCAGAGCAGACGGGUUGCCAUGGCGAUAUGCUGUACGAUGAUCUGGCGCCCUGUUUGCGAACCAAAAGCGUGGCCGAACUGCUGGCCGUCAAGGUGGAUCAUCCACGAUUCCUGGUCGGCUUCGCUCCAUUUGUGGAUGGAACUGUUAUAUCGCCCGUUGCCAAUCCCUUGGGCAGCACCACGUUGCCCCUGGGGUCAGCUAUUGUUAGUACUUCAGGAAUUGAAUAUGCAAACUUUCCGAAACGAGACCUCAUAUUCUGCCUUAGUUCUGUGGAAUCCUACCUGGAUUUGAGUGCCCAAGACCUAGAGUUUGGCUUUAAUGAGACGCGUCGUGAUCGCAUUCUACGCACUUUUGUGCGCAAUAACUUUCAUUAUCAUUUGAAUGAAAUAUUUGCCGUCUUGAAGAAUGAGUACACCGACUGGGAGAAAGCCAUACGAAAUCCUUUGAGCUCCCGCGAUGCCACCCUUCAGUUCCUCAGCGAUGGCCAUACGGCUUCGCCUCUGAUUAAGCUCGGCUACAUGCACAGCCUCCGCGGGGGUCGCACUUAUUUCCUGCACUUUAAGCACAAAACUGUCGAAGAGGAAUACCCACAGAGAACCGGCUCUGUUCGUGGCGAAGAUGUGCCUUUUUGGUUAGGUCUGCCCAUAUCCCCGCUCUUUCCACACAACUACACAACUCAGGAGCGUCAAAUCGGUCGCCUAAUGCUGCGAUAUCUGUCCAACUUUGCCAAGACAGGCAAUCCGAACCAAUCCACUGAGAAAACAGCCUUGGGUAAUUCAGAAGAUGCUACCUUGCAUCAGCAGAAGAAACGCUCGGCAGCUGUGGUCCCUAAUCCACAUCUCAGCGAUGCGAUGACUUUGGCGGUGCUCUACAAUCAGCGACGCAGCAAUGCCAUGCAUGAGAAACGCUCCUAUAUACGACGCCGUUUGCGGAGUAAUAAUGAUGGUGCCUUCACCCAGCUGGGGCUGGCCAGUGAGCGGGAUGUGGGCAGCUACGAGGGUGAUGAUCUUCCCUUUUGGGACGCCUACGAUGUGGUCAACCAGCUGUAUGUGGAGUUGGGCAACAAAGCAAACAUUCAGAGCCAUUAUCGCGGCCAUAAGCUGUCCAUGUGGUUGAACCUCAUCCCUCAACUACAUCGCCAUUUCAAUAUCAAUGACCAGUCCAUGAGACAUCAUCAAUUCCAGGAUGAUAUGAACAAUAGGGAUCUGUAUGAAGGCGUUGUGCGUCCACAGUUGCAGACGAAACCAGCAGAAGAUGAUAACAUCAUCAUUAUACAGAAGAGUAGAACGACCACGACAACGCCGCCACCGCCAAAGACACCUAGUGCAAAUGUAACGCAAGCCUUGAAUCCCAUGAUCAGCGGCACAGCUACCACCACAGAAUGUGGCAUCGAUGGAGCCAUGUCCGUCUCCGAAUUGACCACAACUCAAGCGCCGAAAGACAAUCGAACUGGAGGACAUACUCGGGUGGAGACCCAAAAGGACCUGGCCACCGCUUCGACGGGCAUCAUUGGCAAUCUGGAGCUACUGCGGCGGCUGAGCGGCAAACAGUUCCAAAGCUACACCACAGCAUUGAUUGCUACAGUGGCCGUGGGUUGCUUUUUGCUCAUCCUCAAUGUCCUCAUCUUUGCGGGGAUCUAUCAUCAGCGCGAGAAGCGUGCGCGGGAUGCGAAAACCAAGGAGGAGCUGCAGGAAAGCGAUACCAGCAAAAGUUCCAGCAUGCUCAAGCUGAAUGCUUUAAUUGGGGGUGGUGGAGGAGGACCUGGUGGUUGUGGAUCUGGUGAUCACGCAGAUGCGUACUCUCUCAGCGGCACUGUGGUGGACAGCAAGGGCGGUGUGGGUGUUGUCUUUGGGGAAUACAGCUGCUACGAUGAGAAGACCAAGCAGCUGAAGGAGGAGAAGCUCAUUGUGGAGCUGCCACCAUCGUCGUCGGUGUCGGUUUCUGGGCAAACGUCUCUCAUGAUGGACAGCUGGGGCGCCUGCUCCACCAGCACACUCGAUCUGCUGAAGACCAAACCAGGCAUCGGAAUGGCGGAUAGCCACCUGGAGAUGGUCUCCUACAAUGCCCUUCCCACGUUAAUGGAGUCCACGUCGGCGCUGAGCAGCAAGCGCGGAUCCUUUGUGGAGAACAGCCUGCAGUUCAACAGUCCGCAGCAGUUCGACUAUGCAGUCCAGUCAUCAGAUCAGAUGUCUUUCAAGGCUAUCGAAGAAGCCGUCAAGGCGGCGGCCAUCCAAGACUCUGAGAUCAUGCGAGAUGAUGACAUACCCGAACCGCCGCCCCCACCGCGAUCUUUUCUUGCUGCCCAACAGCAACAACAACAACAGCAGCAGCAACAACAGGGUAUACUGCGGCAGACGGGGACUGCGGGCAGUGCGACCACGGGUCCAGGGAGCAGCGGGAGCAAGAAACGUGUACAUAUUCAGGAAAUCUCUGUCUAGCAUGCAUUACCCUCCAACUCUUACUACGACUAAUCACAAUGUAAGCCCCUCAUUUCAUCUCGUUUCCUUCUACUCAUUUGAGGAUCAGUUCUUGAUUUAUUCUCUCUCUAAUUUAAAACACACACACAACACAAACUGCCCCUCCUCUCUCUCUCUCUGCAUUAGAGCCUUUUUCUGUAUGUGCUCUGUUUUGUGAGAAGAUGAUGCAAAAAAUCGAUGUAACUGUAUGUAUUAUGUGUAUGUAUGUAUGUUUGUACAUUAUGUAAAUGUUCCUGGUAGUCCGUGGGAAUGUGAGAAAUAUAAGUGGAAAAAUUCAAGUGUAGGAAUCAUUUCGUCGAAAGUGUUAUAUUGUAUCAUUGUGUGUAUAGUUUUUAUGUUCCUUUCGAUCGUACGUACGAUUAGGAUUCACGUAUUAUAUUGUAUUUGCUUGUUAUUUAAUAAUUAGCGAAAUCAAAAUCGGAAAAUAUAUAUAUGUAACUGGCUUUUAAUUAUUUAUAAUACCAUAAACUACAACUAUGAUACGCAUACUGUAUUUAAAUGUAUUGUAAAAUAUUGACUCUAUUUGUAUGAAAUACAUAUGUAAUACAAAAAUCACCAGCAGCUGAGAAGGCUGCUUAAGAGAAUGAUCAAGAAUUGCACAAAAAACAACAUACCGAACCCCGCGCACCGCUGAUAUACUGCAUAAGAUCGGAGUAAGGCAGCAUUCAAACGUAAGACAGGCAAUCAUAGCCAUGUUGUGCUGAUCAGAACUCAUCCACUAGAGCCACUCAUGUAGAAGCCCAAAUUAUUAAAAACCAGUGCUUUCAGAUACAGGUAGCAGCGGGGGCUUUUUAAAAUCAGUAACUGGCCUUCGAUAGACGUCUUACAACUAAUGGGGUACAGAUAACCAGCAAUAUGUUUGUAAAAAACCAACAGAAGUGUUUUUAUAGUGGCACAUAGUUCAAGGAGGCACAUUAACCGAUCAU